AUGGCCGGGAACUAUAAUAACGUCAUGAAGAAGCCAUGGAAAGGGCAAAAGCCUCCUGCUCUCGAGUCAUUCCCUUCGAUGGAAUCCUCGGAUUCCGGACCUCCAGCGCUCGUUUCUUCUUCCAUGAGCUUCCGUCACUUACUUUCCCGCCCCCUGGUCGAAGCGCCUUGCGAUCCGUCGUAUCCGCCGUCCAUUUCCGCGAUUUCCGUUGCUCCCGUGAUUUCCCAUCGUCCAAUUAGCGUCCAUGUCUUUACGGAGGACGCGAGGGACUACGGCUCGCAUGCGCGACACGGGAUGUCGGCUGAUGGGGGCUGUGUCCGUGAGGCGCAUGCGACAUUUCAAAGCGACGGGGGAAGCGACGGAGCAAGCGACGUUUUCGCGUUCUCCGCACAACGGAAGUCCUCUCAACCGAUGAUUGACAUCAACCACCCGCCUUCUGCUCUCUAUGACUCGACGUCACAGGAUUCCUCUCAAGCCCCUGCGACUCCUGCGGCGAGCGACAGCUCCAAACCUGUCGCCUCCCACGGCCUCAACAUGUUUUUCGUUCGCGAUGACGUCGCAGACGCGUCGCACGGUUUCGCCACCGCGACAGCCGCUCGCACACACCCUGCCGCUGUCCCUGCUUAUGCCAUUUCUGGCCCACGGUCCCCCGCUCCUAGGUCCUCUCUCCCCCACAGCCUUCGUCAUAAGGCCGUUAGCCGGAUGUCAGUACCGGAUGUGAACAAAGAGUCGAUCGUCGUGAAUGCAUCGAAAUCACAUGACUCGCACAGACAUCAGCACCAACAGGAUCGUCAUCAGCAGCAGAUGCAACCGCUUUAUCAGCAGAAGGACGCCCGGAAACCAGUUUACGUGCCUGAGAUGAUGCGAGAGGAGGUGACUGACGGCGACGAAUUGCCCGACCGUUGGGACUCGUGCGAAGGGGACGAUGCGGCUGCGACGCAGAGUAAUGGAAUCGCGAAGACCUGCGCGCACUGUGGCACAUCGAAAACGCCCCUGUGGAGAAAUGGGCCUCCCGGACCCAAGUCACUGUGCAAUGCAUGCGGCAUUCGAUUCAACAAGAUCCGCAGUGGAAAGCGCAAGGCAUCCCCCCAGGAAGCAGCAAUGCUGCGAGAAUACGACUCCACCGACCCGGCCUUCUCCAAGCCUCUGCCUCAAUCGCCGGUACACAAAGCGCGCUCCCGGCUUCCACGCCCUCGUGCUGGUCUCUUUGUUUACGCGCCGUCGUCAUGCUGUGAAGGCCUUCCAUCUGCUGCCACCAGCAGCAACAGUGACUGCGGCAGCCCAGUAGGAGAAGGGCCAGAGGAGGGUGAAGUGUGCGAUGAGCCGAUGCAUGUCGGGAAGAAAGUUUGUCUGCGGCAUGAGGAGCAGCAGCUUGGGAAUAAAGUGGAUGAAGACGAUGUGGUGCUUGGAGCCGAGCUCCUCGUCUCACUGUUUGGCAGCUGCCCAGUGUAA